AACAACCAGACGAACAUAGUUGACAAUCGCAGAAAAGAAAAGGAAAAUUCAACUGUACAGAAGAAGAAAAAGAGAUUUUAAUAGAACAGUGCAACAGCGAAACUCGCCGGAAGUUCAACCUAAAAUUAAGCAACGAAAUAUCGGCAAAAGAGAAAGCCAUUUUCUGGGAAAAGACAGCAGAAAGGAUUAACAGCAUAUCAAUGUGUCAGCGCACUGCUGAUGAAGUGAAAAAGAAAUGGAUAGACACAAAGUGCAAAGAAGAAGGCACAAUAUAUGAAAAAAGAGCUGGGCAGAACAGGCGGUGCGCCCUAUCCAGGUGGUCUUACAAACCUGGAAGAGAAGAAAUACUUCCAAGGGGCAUCAUGUACAGCAAGAGAAGUAUCCAAUGAGCCAGAAACAGAAAGUAAAGCAUCAGUGUCUGAAAAAAUCAAGAAAAGACAGAAUAUGGAAGAUGUAUCAGCAAGCAGUCAACGGGACAUGAUCGUCAAACUUGAGGAAGAAAACGUUUUCCUACUCAAAGAACUGAUCUGUGCCCAACGUGCACAGACUGCGCACUUGCAACAGCUAACAGCAUCUGUUAACAAGCUGACCGCCAUAAUCAGCAACAAUGUUAUGUCAAGUUUUUGUAACUGAUAUUUUAUUAUAAGUUAAAGCUGCCUAAAAAGAUUGUUACAACAGAUGCCUCUUAGCUGUUGCAAGUGCCCACGUGCAUAUACACAAUGUUAUAUGCCAAUUUUUUAAGCUCUAGGCCUUGUGGCACAAUGUGCACAGGUUAGAUACAAUUUUUUUUCCAUUAAUAAUGAGUUAUUGUUAGUAGAAAAGCAAACACAUACAUAAUUAUGGUUUAAAGUUAUAUAUU